UUUUGAUUUCUAAUUAUACUGUGCGGACGAAUAGAAUAUCUGGCAAGACAUCAGUUUUUAAAAAUAAGAAGAUAUGUGAUAUAAUGGAGGUGAAAGAGGAAAGUGAAGAACUGAAUGUAGUGGAGAAGUGUGAGAAACCUCAGAGUCUUUCAGCUGGAGGAGAAUCUCUUAAUCGCUCAAGAACUGAAGAGAAUGUCUCAGGAAACAGAUCUCGAAGAACAAAAGCCAAAAAGUCUUUCGCAUGCCAUCAUUGUGAAAAGAGUUUUGAAGUAAAAAAAGGCCUUAAUAGUCAUAUAAGAUCUCACCCUGUAGAAACACUUUUCACUUGCCCGCAGUGUGGAAGGAGUUUUACACAUAGAAACAGACUUAAGAGACACUUGAGAGUUCAUACUGGAGAGAAACCGUACACCUGUCCUCAGUGUGGAAAGAGUUUCAUACAAAAAGUACACCUCAUCAGGCACAUAAGAGUUCACACUGGAGAGAAGCCAUAUUCAUGCCCUCAAUGUGGAAAGAGUUUCGCUGCCGCAUCGGCUCUCAGAGUUCAUCUGCGCAUUCAUACUGGAGAAAGACCAUUUAACUGUGAUCAGUGUGGCAAAAAGUUUAUUUCAUCAUCACAUCUGAAAUGCCACAUGAACAUUCAUGCAGAUAAGAGGCCUCAUGUGUGUUCGUAUUGUGGAAAGAGUUUUUCAUGGGUCGAAUCGUUUAGACGGCAUGAGAAAAUGCAUACCGGUGAGAAAGACCAUGUGUGUUUGGAGUGUGGAAAGACUUUUGCGACAGCUUCCCAAUUAAAAAGGCACUUAAGAGUUCAUACAGGAGAGAAGCCGUACUACUGUACUCUGUGUGGAGAGAGUUUCACCCGAGCAAGUUGGGUAGGGGUUCAUAUGAAAAACCAUUGUCCAAAGAUGUCACAGUGAUUGAAGUUAAAUAAGUAAAAUAAUUCUGUUCUGUUGUAAUUUUUUUGUCAACCAAAGCAAUGUCGAAUGAAAUGUAAAGAUGAGUAUAUCACAUCUUACAGGAUUAAGAUUUGAAAUGUGUACUAUGGCAACUACAUAUAACGCCUUUAGACCAAAAUGUACACAAAUGUAACAAAAACAAAACAAAAUAAUAAAUAUAAGAAUAUAGCUAAUGUCCCCCCCUAAAACAACAAUCAGCCAUUUGUAUGCAUGAAAAGAUAUCAAUUUAAUUUAGAGAGAUAAGAUAUCAAUAACUUUAAUUUAGAUUUUUUAUUUUUUUUUAUUUUGUGCUACUGUUAUGUGAAACUCCUUUAUGUAAAAUGACAUCUAUUGCAAUAUAAAUAUUCUCUGCAUUAAAUGCAUUAAAUAUUCUCUGCAAUAUAAAAAGUCAUCUGUUUUCUCUGACACAAUAAAAUGAACGUUUCACUGACAA